UGUGAAAUGGUGACUAUGGAAACUAACAGGGAAUAUAUGAAGGAUGAUUUUACCUCAGCAGCUGAAGAGUCGCUGGUGUUUAUUGAUGAUGAUGCAGAUGAUUUAGGUGACUGUCAACAAGACAGUUACAGUGAGGCAUUAUGUCGAAAAAAAUGUGUUGUUCGGCUGGAUGGAGCCAGAUACACAAUCGUGGCCAAUCCACCCGAAAAGUCAAAAGACGACAGCAAUCUCACUUCUCGCAAUGGACAGUUAGCUCAUGAGAACCUAGAAAAAGGCACUGGGUCCUUGACAGUUCUGCGGAGAUCAAACUCAAAGAAUAAAGAUAUCUCUGACAGUAGGAGUCGCACUUCAAGCGUUGCAAGUGUAGAGAGUGAUUCAUACGCGAGUGUUGACCUCGGCACGGACCGGCUUCCACCAGUUGAUGUUCCAGAAGCCUCUCAUGUUUGCUCAUUAAGAUUAAAACACAUUGUUCGAAAGUUACAGAAGGAAGAAGUCUCAAAGGAAGAUUUAUUGAAGAACCUCGAAUAUGCAGCACAAGUGUUAGAAACUGUUUAUAUUGAUGAAACUAGAUGCAGAGAGUGUUCGAGUGAUGUUUUAUGCAAGUGUAAACAAAAACUGAAUGACGCCAGACGCCUUUGUGAUGAAGAAGAUGAGCUCAGCGAGGUUGAGCCUGAUGCUGUCCCAACAGAAGUGCGGGAUUGGUUAGCUCUAACAUUUACACGCUCUAUGAGCAACAUCAAACGGCGCGGGGAUGACAAACCUAAAUUUCGAAGUGUGGCGAAUGCAAUUAGGGCCGGCAUUAUGGUGGACAGAAUUUACCGCAGACUUUCCAGUUCUACGGGUUUAAAUGUUCCACCACAUGUUCUUCUUAUAUUAAAGCAACUUGACGACUGGUCUUUCAACGUGUUCUCUGUAAAUAGUGCCUCAGAUGGACAUGCUCUUAAAUAUGUCGGAUAUGAACUUUUGCAAAAAUAUGACUUGAUAACCAAGUUCAAAAUAAAUAAUAGUGUGCUGGACAGCUUUCUGUUAGCGCUGGAAACGGGUUAUAGCAAGUACAAAAAUCCGUACCACAACUUAGUGCACGGUGGAGACGUCGCACAGACUGUACAUACCAUACUCUCUCAAAGUAAACUUGUAAAUUGGUUAACAGAUCUUGAAGUGUUUGCAACUAUAGUGGCAGCUUUAAUACAUGACUAUGAACACACAGGGACUACAAACAACUUCCACAUACAGACCUCAUCUGAGGUGGCACUAUUGUACAAUGAUAGGGCUGUGUUGGAGAACCACCACAUCAGUGCAGGCUUUCAGAUCAUGAGAGCAGAGGAGAGUAAUAUCCUCUCAAACCUUAGUAAAGAAGAAUACAGAGAGUUCCGAAAUUUAGUAAUUGACAUGGUGCUAGCAACGGACAUGUCCUACCACUUCCAGCAAAUAAAAAACAUGAAAAAUCUCCUCAGUAUGCCAGAAAAUUCACUCAACCCCUCACAAAUGAGGGUUAGAGCCCCAUUCGGGGUGUUGAAUUCUUCAUGUGAGGUGGUUCUACACAGGAGACCGCCCAAGAUGAAAUAA